AUGGUCCUUGAGAGACUAGAUAGAGCAGUUGCCAACAACAAUUGGUUCGCCCGCAAUCCAGGCACAAAGGUUCGGCAUCUCCAUUCCCAUUCCUCCGAUCAUAGACCAAUCAUCGUUAAGCCAGAGGGGAUCAUUCCCAAACCGAACAAACCAUUCAAAUUUGAGAAGAUGUGGUUGAGCAAUAAAGGGUGUAGUGAUACCAUCAACUCGGCCGAACAGGCAGUUGCGAAGGGAGAAGGAGACUAUGUAGCGGACAAGGCUUUGCAAUUGGAAGUCAAUGCUCUCUUAGAUAAGGAAAGCCAAAUGUGGGAGCAGCGAGUUAGAGCUUUUUUCCUAAGAUGUGGUGAUCGAAACACAAGCUACUUUCACAGUAUAGCCUGCCAUAGAUAUCAAAGGAAUCGGAUUUUAGGUUUGAGAAACAGUGCCAAUGUUUGGUGUACUGAAAAGAGUCAGAUUAAAGAGAUAGCAGUUGAAUACUACAACUCCUUGUUUUCUUUGACGCGCCCAUAUGACUUCAAAGAAAUCCUUGAUACAGUCCACCCCUCAGUCGCAGAUGAAAUGAAUGCCCAACUUAUCAAGUCCUUUUCAAGAGAAGAAGUGGACACAACUAUCAAGUAG